AAUCGCAACCCUUCUCGUAUCAACUCACUCUGUCCGCUUUCCUACUUGCGCUCAGAAUCUCUUCUUCCGUCUUCUCUUCGCGCUCCAACUUCCCGACACUCGUUUAACCCUUGGCUUUCCGACUUUAAUUCUUUUCUCGCUUUACCUUCGGACUGUUUACACCUCAAGUUUUACACGAGACCGUCAGCACCGGCCAGAAAUGCCUUUGUGACGAGAUAAUAUCUUACUCUGAAACCUUUUUCUUUCCUCUCCGCGGCGCAACUCGAAUACUACAUUUACAAUGCUGGUGAAAGCGCAAGUUGCUCUUGUUCUGUGCUGGGCGAGCUUUGGAUACCGGCGCGGAUUCGACCAAGUACUUCCCGUUCUGGGCCACGGCCAGGAGGUUGCUCGCCCUCGUGAUUCCGAUGAGCGUCAGGAAAUGGCCCUGCAAGCACAACGGAAGUUGUUCGAGCAAGAACACCGCCAGCUAGAGAAGAAACCCGGGUUCGGGGCGAUCUAUGGUAACACAUUAGAGACGCUCGUCGACGAGGAUAAGAGACGGCCGUCGCACGAGGAAGCAUUAGUCUCUGCUUCGAAUAGUACGGCUUCCGGCAAGAAACGGGUUUUCACCUUCAAUCCGUAUCCCAAAUACAACAGCCCCGAAUGGUUGUCCAACCACGCCCCGUAUGUGCCCUGCAUUGGCCCAACCGGAAGAAAGGUCGAAGACAUCCGCGUUUACAAGGGGCGUCCCAGCAACUUCCCCGACCCCGGAUUCGGAAGCUAUAGUGUUCUGGGACUUGAUCCCAACAUCUGCUGGGAAAGAGAGACACGAAUGGGACCGUAUGGAAUGAGUCCUGUGGUUGACAAGGAUGGAAAUGAGAUUAAUUGGGACGAGGUCAGUUGGGGGGACCUCCAGCGUGAGUGCUACAGGAAGAACAGCGAACGGUUUGCCUCGAGUCACCCAGCAAAUGAAUACAUCACCCAGGAUACGGAUGGCUCGGUCGAUCUCAGGCGGGGGAACGAUGCCGGUGGCGAGUCUGAACACGUCCUGCGAACUGUAGGACGGUUCUGGCGCUCCAAUGGGAGGCAGGCAACGGGGCGGCCGACUUUCGGCAAAGCGCGGAGACAGAACAAGAAGGUGGAGGCAAGGACUGCUCUGCUACUCCGGAGCUUUACCGGCAAGGAAUAUCUCGAAAACGAUAAGCAGGUCAUUCGCGCUCUCAUUACGGAGUUGAGUCUCCGCUCUGGCGGCGAAUACGAGGUCUUCCUCUUUGUGCACGUCAGGGAGAACGAAAUCGACAUUUGGCAAAGCGAUGAGGCCUACAAAAAGGCAAUCGACGACUACGUGCCGCCCGAAUUCAGGAGCAUAGCAGUGCUGUGGAACGAGGCGGCCGUGGACCGCAUGUACCCCAAGCUGACCGACAAGGCUCGCAAGGUGCAUAACGGACAGUUCCUCCCGGUCCAGAUGUUUAUGCAGGAGUUUCGAGAGUUUGACUUUGUUUGGAAUUGGGAAAUGGAUUCUCGGGUCGUGGGACAUCACUACGACAUGCUCUCCAAGCUUGGCGAGUUUGCCAGGAAGCAACCGAGGAGAGGAAUCUGGGAGCGCAACGAGCGGUUUUACAUUCCGUCCUUUUACGGCAGCUAUGAUUCCCAAUUCCGCGCUACGGUGGAGAACGCCACUGCUGGCGAAUCAAUCUGGGGCCCCCCGAAUGUGCCUGUCGUCAAACCCAUAGGCCCCAAACCCCCGGUGGCCACUCCCGAGGAGGAUGAUUAUAGGUGGGGUGUUGGUGAGGAGGCGGAUCUGAUCAUGCUGUCUCCCAUGUUCAACCCCGUCAACAGCGGCUGGGUCAUGCGCAACCAGGUGUGGGGAUAUCGCUCUCUGGAUUUCCCGUGGGGAAAGCUUCCGCGGCGGACGACCAUCAUCACUCAGGGCCGAGUGUCGAGGAAGCUCCUCGAUGUCAUGCACGCCGAAGACCUCCGCGGCAACCACGUCGCUUCGGAAAUGGUGACGCAAACCACAGCUCUGCUCCACGGCCUCAAGGCGGUAUAUGCCCCCAUGCCAGUUUAUUUCGACCGCGCCUGGAGUGGUGCUCAGUUGGCGAAGUGGUUUAACGGCGGCCCCAAGGGGCAAAGUGGUAGUUUUGGAAGUGCAAUGGGAUGGGGCCAGGAAGGGCGAUAUCUUGGAAGCACUUGGUACUUCCGCGCCUUCCCGCCGCAACGAUUGUACAACAACUGGAUGGGCUACGAGGACACGGGCAUCGGGGGCCCUGAAUGGGAGGAGAGUCACGGCCGUACAUGUCUCCCGUCCAUGCUACUCCACCCAAUCAAGGAGGUCAAGCCGACAGAAAAGGGCUACGCAACUGAUUCCAGGUUACCCUACGACUGAAACACAACACCCGGCAUGGUUUCUGUUGUUAGUCGGGGAUCCUGGCAACAUGACGGGGAGCAUUGUCCAAGUCCUGUUGAGUCCCAAACUCAAAGCCGAGUUGAGGAGCCUGGAAGCUUAAUGUCGCUCACCGAAACACGGGCUGAUGAUGCCAUGAUUGUACUGGCGAAGCGUUUGUUGAGUUUUGGGCUCGUUCCCGCCCUGAUACAUCCGGAACCCGAGAGCAAGGCUUCGGUACCGGCCGGCUGUACCGAUCGCUCAGCGUAGAGCGAUGUGUUUUUUCUGCGACGAACCCGGGGCAACCGAGCGGCGGCUGCAGCGAAGGAGUGAUUGCA